UAUAAUGUCUCAGGAAGGUGAUUAUGGGAGGUGGACGAUAUCCAGUAGUGAUGAAAGUGAGGAGGAAAAGCCCAAAGUGGACACGCCAUCUACCUCUCUUCCUGUCCAUGCUGAGCAGGAAGCAGCAUAUGAGCCAAGGUACACCUGUUCCGAGGCUCGGAAAGCCGCCCACCGGAGGAAGAGGUCUCCCUUGAAAUUCAGCAACACAGAUGCAGUUCCAGAAGUUUCACCUCCCAAAAGGCAGAAGAGUGGUUCCCAGGAAGACCUAGGUUGGUGUCUCUCCAGCAGCGACGAUGAACUGCCCCUAGAGACACAGCAGAAACCGGCUAAGAAAGUGGUGAUCAAAGAGGAGAAAGACCGCUCCCCUCCCAAAGACAGUGCUACCCCAAGAGCUGGAAAUCACGUCUGCCAGGGGCUCAAAGAGGAGGAAGAAGAGUAUGAAACAUCAGGGGAGGGCCAGGACAUUUGGGACAUGUUGGAUGAAGGGAACCCCUUCCAAUUUUACCUCACUAGAGUCUCGGGAAUUAAGCCGAAGUAUAACUCUGGAGCCCUCCACAUCAAGGAUAUUUUAUCUCCUCUAUUUGGGACGCUUGUAUCUUCAGCACAGUUUAACUACUGCUUUGACGUGGACUGGCUCAUAAAACAGUAUCCACCCGAGUUCAGGAAGAAACCAAUCCUGCUUGUGCAUGGUGAUAAACGAGAAGCUAAGGCUCAUUUACAUGCUGAGGCAAAGCCUUACCAAAACAUUUCCCUUUGCCAGGCAAAGUUGGAUAUUGCAUUUGGAACACACCACACGAAAAUGAUGCUACUGCUGUACGAAGAAGGCCUCCGGGUUGUCAUCCACACGUCCAACCUCAUCCAUGCCGACUGGUACCAGAAAACCCAAGGAAUAUGGCUGAGCCCGUUGUACCCACGAAUUGCCCCUGGAACCCACGGAUCUGGAGAAUCAACAACACAUUUUAAAGCUGAUCUCAUCAGCUACCUGAUGGCUUAUAAUGCCCCUGCUCUCAAGGAGUGGAUAGAUAUCAUCCAGGAGCACGAUCUCUCUGAAACAAACGUUUACCUCGUUGGAUCAACCCCAGGACGCUUUCAAGGAAGUCAGAAGGAUAAUUGGGGACAUUUUAGGCUUAGGAAGCUUCUGAAAGAACAUGGCUCAUCCACACCCAGAGCGGAGGCGUGGCCGAUAGUAGGUCAGUUUUCAAGCAUCGGCUCCAUGGGGGCUGAUGAAUCGAAGUGGUUGUGUUCCGAGUUUAAGGAGACUUUGGUGACGCUGGGGAAGGAAAGCAGGACCCCCGGGAAAAGUGUUGUUCCUCUUCACCUGAUCUACCCAUCAGUGGAAAACGUGCGAACCAGCUUAGAAGGAUAUCCAGCUGGGGGCUCUCUUCCCUAUAGCAUCCAGACAGCGGAAAAACAGAAUUGGCUUCAUUCCUAUUUUCACAAAUGGUCAGCCGAGACAUCUGGCCGCAGCAAUGCCAUGCCCCAUAUUAAGACAUACAUGAGACCCUCUCCGGACUUCAGUCAGAUUGCUUGGUUCCUCGUCACAAGCGCAAAUCUGUCCAAGGCCGCCUGGGGAGCGUUAGAGAAAAACGGCACCCAGCUGAUGAUCCGCUCCUACGAGCUCGGGGUCCUUUUCCUCCCUUCAGCAUUUGGCCUGGACAGCUUCAAAGUGAAACAGAAAUUCUUCUCAGGCAGCCAGGAACCAACAGCCUCCUUCCCUGUGCCCUAUGAUCUGCCUCCAGAGCUGUAUGGAAGUAAAGCAAAUGGCACUGGGAUAACGAGAUAUUCACAUGGAUAAAGUGAACGUGACCCCUACCUCGCACCAUACAGAAACAAACUUCAAAUGGAUCAUAGACCCAAAUAUAAAAGCUAAAACUAUAAAAAUUUCUAGGGGAGGAAAAAAAUAACAGAAAACCUUUGCAAUCUUGAGGGAGGUAAUGACUUCAUAGUACAUAAAAAGCACCAAACACAAAAGAUAAAUUGGGCUACACCAAAAUUUAAAACAUAUCCAUCAGAAAACAUCUUUAAGAAAAUAAACAGGCAAGCCAGAGACUGGUAGUAAAUAUUUGUGAGAUACAAGAAAGGAGUGGUGUCCUGGAUAUAUUAAUAUAAAGAACCCAUAUAACUCAAUUCAAAAGAAAAUAAUUUUAAUUUUUCUAAUGGGAAAAAUAUUUUAACAUAAUUUACAGAGGCAGAUAUACAAAUGGCCAAAAAGCACAUUCCUCUACACAUCCACCAGUAUGUUUAUAGUAACAUGUUCACAAGGAUUGUUGGUUGGUACAGCUAUUUUGGGAAAACGUUAGGCAGUUUCUUAUAAAAUUAAAUUCACACCUACCCUAUCCAGCAAUUCUAUUCCUAGGUAUUUACCCAAUAGGUAGGAAAACAUAUCCACAAGUACUUAUACAAGAAUGUUCCUAAGUUAUUUAUGAUAGCCAAAAUUUUCUGACAGACCUAGUUUUUAUCAAUAGGAGGAGAAUAAAUAAAACUAUGGCAUAGUCAAACAGUGAAAAACUAGGAAUAAAAAGGAACCAAUUCUAAGACAUAACAUGGAUGGAUAUCAAAACAAUGUUUUAAGGGGCAGACCGGUGACUCAGUUGGUUAGAGCGUGAGCUCUGGGCAAGAAGGCUUCCGGUUCGAUUCCCACAUGGGCCAGCGAGCUGCAACCUCCCCAACUAAGAUUGA